AUGGAUGCUGGGGAUAAGACCCACCAAGAGAUCGAGAUGGGAGACUACCUAUCCGAUCAUCACACAACUGCUGAUGAGUUCUAUGAAUUACGGAAGAACUUCUCCCUCCUGUCCGUGAUUGGAAUGGGCUUCUCGCUCGCAAAUUCCUGGUUUGGUAUAUCUACGGCCUUAGCCACUGGGAUUAAAUCGGGAGGUCCCGUGCAAGUUGUUUAUGGUCUCAUUAUUAUCACAUUUGUUUGUGGAUGUAUCGCAGCCUCCCUUGCUGAGUUGUCCUCCGCGAUGCCUAACGCCGGAGGUCAGUACUACUGGACAGGUCAGCUCGCAAAUCCAAGAUAUGCUCGCUUCUUGUCGUACGUCACUGGUUGGAUCGCUUGGAUCGGCUCGCUCUUCACCUGCGCAAGUAUCGCCCUCGGUGUCGGAGGGCUCUGUAUGGGUUGCAUCCAGCUAGCCCAUCCCAACCUCGAAAUACAGCCUUGGAUGGUCUUUGUAAGCUAUCAGGUAAUUAAUGUCAGCUGUGCAGUAUUCAAUAUGUACAGUCGGACUCUGCCUCAUGUGACCCAGGGUACCCUCUGGACAUCAAUUAUAUCGUUUGCGGUCAUAUUAAUUACAGUGCCUGCAAAGUCACCGUCACACCAACCAUCCACGUUUGUAUUUACGGAGUUCAUCAACGAGACAGGGUGGUCUAGUGAUGGAAUAGCAUUCAUUGUCGGGCUUAUUAAUUCAAACUGGGCAUUCAAUGGCCUAGAUUGCGCGACUCACAUGGCCGAAGAGGUCCUCCACCCAGAGAAAGUCGUUCCCAUUGCCAUCAUGGCUACAGUAGCGAUCGGCUUUGUCACUGCUUGGCCGUUUAGUAUUGCCAUGAUGUAUAGUAUGAACGACUUUGAUUCUAUCGCAGCGACUGUGACAGGAGUUCCAGUUCUCGAACUGUUUCUUCAAGCGCUUGAUAAUAAGGCUGGUGCGAUCGUUCUCACAUCGCUGAUUAUUCUCACCGGGUGCGGGUGCUUAAUCGCCUCUCACACAUGGCAGGCCCGCCUGUGCUGGUCCUUCGCACGAGACAACGGGCUUCCCGGGUCGAGGUACCUUUCCCAAGUUCAUCCAACUCUACUGGUGCCGGUCUGGAGUCAUUUGGUUAGCACUCUGAUUGUUAGUAUUCUCGGGUGCCUAUAUCUGGGUUCAUACACUGCAUUCAACAGCAUGGUCACUGCCGCUGUGGUUCUCCUAUACGCUUCGUACAGUAGCCCAGUAAUCUGUCUCUUGGUCAAAGGACGGUCUAGUAUUCGACAUGGGCCAUUUUGGCAGGGGGUGAUUGGACACUGUUGCAAUUACGUUUUACUCGCUUGGCUGCUGUUUAGUCUUGUGAUGUAUUCAUUCCCCCCUGCUUACCCCGUUACAGCGAACAAUAUGAACUACGUGUGCGUCGUAUAUUUCGUCACAUUCAUUAUUAUCCUCGCGUGGUGGAUGUUGCACGCUAGGAAGAAUUUCACAUUGCAUUAA